AGGCAUUAGGACAGCAAGCAACAUUCCUGGCCACUGAGAGAGCGCAGUCAAUUAAUAUUUAUGCAAAGGUUGUUCACUUUCUACUGCACAAAGUUAGCAGUGAGAGGACCAAUGUGUGGCAGUUUUUUCACCCUUGUUGGGAAGAUCCACCGGAUUUGUAAUUGGCCGCCAGUGUAUCGGGAUGAAGACGUGCUUUGCACACUACUUCAAACACUUUGGCGUUCCCUUUUUUAUUUUUCUGUAAAAUGCCAAGACUUCGUCCAUCACAUUCUGCACAUUUCAAACCAGGCUGCUCAUUUGGAAGGACGCCAGACCGCAGGCUUGCUAAUCUGCAAAUUCAGUCCAAUAAAUGGUGACAUUGGCUGUCAGCGUUGGAAUAAGAAAUCGAUAGGCUACUCAAAAAAGGGACGCGAUAUUCUUUCGGAAUUUUAACGAUCUAUUUCCUGUAUCCUUAUAACCAUGCGAAUUAGGGGUAUGCUGGAGUGGUUCAGCUACUCACAUUUUCAAAUGGAGCUGUGCUCAUAGUGACAGAUUAUUGUUGUUGUGUGUCCAUGCAAGUAUUGGGGUGGAAACAUGUCUGGCCACUUCUUUGAGAGGAUCACUGCUAUCAGAGAUGGCAUUUUGGUCCAGCACUUCGGUUUUUACCUCUAAAGUGCCCCGGAAAAUUUUAUUCAUGUUCACCCUCUCCCUUUCUGUCACCUACUUGUUCUAUAGCCUGAUGAGCUGUUACAACUCGUUACAGUUCCCCUUGCAAGAGAACUACGUGUACCAAGGGAGGCUGGUAACGGAGGAGACAACUUUCGUAACAUUAAGGGAGAAACUUUAUUCCACUUCACCCCAGGGCUAUUUGGACGAGGAGCUGAUAGAGGUGUCUGCUGCCGAGAAAACGGUUGCAAUUUCCACCGUCAAAGAUAAUGUGGAGACCGAACAAAGAACAUUGGAUUGGGUUCGGAAUCAGGCGGCUCCAACUAAAACUGCCGCGGUGUAUCAAUCUCCCGCUCUGGAGAGGGAGCACCAGGAAUUCAGCACCACGGACAACGAACUCAGGGUGAACUGCACCUCGGAUUAUGGGGUGAAAAAAUUACCCCAAGCCAUUAUAAUUGGGGUGAAGAAAGGAGGUACCAGGGCUCUGCUCGAAGCUUUGAGGGUCCAUCCCGAUAUCAGAGCCGUUGGGAAUGAGCCACAUUUCUUCGACAGGAACUACGAGAAAGGGCUGGAUUGGUACAGAGAUCUGAUGCCUUCGACGCUGGAGGGACAAAUCACCAUGGAGAAGACACCCAGCUACUUUGUGACUAGCCACGCCCCAAAACGUAUCCACACGAUGGCCAGGGACAUCAAGUUAAUCAUUGUGGUCCGCAACCCUGUCACCAGGGCCAUUUCAGACUACACACAGACUCUGUCCAAAAAACCUGAGAUCCCAACCUUUGAGGUUUUGGCCUUUAAGAACCGGACGCUGGGCCUAAUAGAUGCAUCGUGGAGUGCUCUACGUAUAGGGAUCUACGCGCUCCACUUGGAGACGUGGAUGCAGUACUUCCCUCUCGCCCAGAUGCACUUUGUCAGUGGAGAGAGGCUUAUCGUUGAUCCCGCUGGCGAGAUGGGCAAGGUGCAGGACUUUCUGGGACUCAAGCGGAUCGUCACGGAUAAACACUUUUACUUCAACAAAACGAAGGGAUUUCCUUGUCUCAAGAAGCCAGAGGACAGCAGCACCCCGAGAUGUCUUGGCAAAUCUAAGGGGAGAACUCACCCUAAAAUUGACCCGGACGUUAUCCGCCGACUGCACAAAUUCUUCAAACCCUUUAACAUGAUGUUCUACCAAAUGACUGGCCAGAACUUUGAGUGGGAGCUGGAGGAGGGCAGUGACUCUCGGGGCUCUCAGAACUAACAGACGGUUACCCCACGUCACUGCCACAGCUACACCACCAGCCUUUCUCAAUAACACAUCCACUGUCUGUCCCUACCGCUUCAUCCUCUGAGAGAGUGCUUGAGUACGUCAAACAAUCAUGGCUGUCUUUGAGAAGGUGUCUGUAUCCAUAGGGAAAAAAGAGUUUACCGAUAUGCUUCUAUUCUCUCCCUCAAAACUAAAACAUUAUUGUACAUACUAUACAUAAAAUUAUAUUUAUAUUUGUGAAGGGGAGAGGAUUGUAUUCCUUUUGUUUUAAAAACAUAGAGCUGAUAUAUGAAUCAUGUCGACUAUGACGAUGCAUGCAUGCGAUAAGUUAAGUGUCCUUACCUCCUGAGCCCUGAGGGUGUAUUCUGCCUGCUUCUUCUCCUUUUACUUUUCAUGCAGUUUGUUGCCCUUUCGCCCACACACACCAGCGUACAGUACGAAACAGUCAUACUACUCAGAUGACCGAGGUCAUGAAGUAUUCUGGAUGAUUUAUUUCAACACUCUGUAGAGAUAAAAGAAAAUAAAUGAAUCUUACAGUACAAUUAUC